UAGGUGUUUGUCACAUGUGCUAUGUACGGGUGGGUACGUAUAAAUUCAUUGUGAAAUUUUUGUUUUGUCACUAAUAAAAAUGCAGUCUCUAUUAUCCGGACAUAACGAAUGUUUUCUGUUGUACGGAAGUACUAAGUCGGGAAAAUUAGUGAAAACUCGAAAAAGAGACAGGGAUUACAUCGGUUUCGCCACGCUGCCGGAUCAAAUCCACCGGAAAUCGGUGAAGAAAGGCUUCGAUUUCACUCUGAUGGUCGUCGGCGAUUCCGGCCUGGGAAAAUCCACCCUAAUCAACAGCCUGUUCCUCGAGGAUCUCUACAAAAACCGAAAGAUCCCCGACGUCAACGAGAGGCUAACCAAGACCACGGUCAUCGAGAAGAAGACCAUGGAAAUCGAAGAAAGAGGCGUCAAAUUGAGGUUGACUGUGGUGGAUACGCCAGGAUUUGGGGACGCGGUGAAUUGCGAAGACAGCUGGAAGAUUUGCAUAAAUUACAUCGACGAGCAAUUCAGGCAAUAUUUUACAGACGAAAGCGGUUUGAAUCGAAGAAAUAUCCAAGAUAAUAGGGUGCAUUGUUGUUUGUACUUUGUACCACCUUGGGGUCAUAGUUUAAGGCAAAUGGAUUUGGAACUGAUGAAGAGACUGCACCACAAAGUCAACAUAGUCGUAGUAAUAGCGAAAGCAGAUACCCUUACACAACCCGAAAUAGCCAAAUUGAAAGUCAACAUUCUCAACGACAUUCGCAACAACGACAUUCAAAUGUACGAAUUCCCUGAAUGCGAUAGCGACGAAGACGACGAGUUCAAGCAGCAGGACAGGGAGCUGAAAGCCAGCAUUCCAUUCGCCGUAGUCGGCAGUAACACGGUGCUCGAAAUAGCCGGAAAGAAGAUCAGAGGAAGGCAGUACCCGUGGGGCGUCGUGGACGUGGAGAACCCCAAACACAGCGAUUUCAUCAAGCUCAGGACGAUGCUGAUAUCCACGCACAUGCAGGACAUGAAGGACGUUACCGAGGACGUGCAUUACGAGAAUUUCAGGACGCAGUGCAUCUCGCAGAUAUCGCAGCACGCGAAAGAACGGGGCAAGCUCAAACGCGAAUCGGUUCCUUAUGAGGCGGAUAUUUCCGAUACUGACAGGCUGUUGAUACAAAAAGACGAAGAGAUUCGACGUAUGCAGGAAAUGCUGAAGCAAAUGCAGGAGAAACUGAAAGUGGACGCUCAAGAUAACAAUAAGAAACACGAAAGUAUUAUCGAUGUGUAGAUUUAUUUAUAAUUUUUUUUGUAUAUUUAAGACCAAAGACAUCUAAUCUAGUUAAGUGUUUUUAUUUCUUUUUAUAUUUUUAACAAUAUAUGCGCAAUGUAUGUUAUAAAAAAAUUAAUCAUUUUAAAUGAAACUUUUACAGUGCAUUUUUUAUAUACCAAUCCUUAAAAACCCUAAUAGGAACUAUCGUGUAAUAAGCAAUAAUAAUUGAUAAAUUCGAUAUUAGUAGUUCAAAAACCCUGAAUCUCCUAGUAAAUCUCUUCCAAUAAGAUUCAUAAACAAAUCCAAUAUUAUUAAACACACAAGUUUCUACGUAAUCAUAUUAGAUAUACUACUAAUAGGUUAAUAUAUCAACCAUUUGAGUGGAAUUAUGAAUACACAGAUAAAUUUAUCUGUUAGAUAAUACUUCAAAUAAAUGAACAGGAAGCUGUUGUAUUACCUUAUAAUUAGUUAACUCGAAGAUAACCCACUCUUACCUAAGCAUUGAUAAAUCCACCCUAAAUUCAAGACUACAACCUCAAAUUUUACUAACGAAAUUUCUUCCGAAUUCCUCAAUAACGUAAACCAAUUUCAUCGCGGCCAGUCUCGUAUCUUCAUCAGUUAUUUCCCAAUACGUGGCCAGCCUCAAAUAAUCCAUGCCGCUUCUAGCGGACACAACCAGCGAUACUUUCACCGGAUCGCCCUCUUCGAUUUCCCUCAAUCGCCGGGAAAACUCGGCGAUGCCGCGACUGGGAUGUCGAUAAUACAAUUUGAUGAUGUUCGUUUCAACUUCUUUUAAAUCUACCCAAGCCACUGGCGACUUCAAAUCCGCUAUAGCU